ACAAAACAUAGGGCAAGAGCCUAGACUGAGGGGCCAGGAGAGAGGGAGAGGCCGAGGAGAGAGAUAGAGAGACAAAGGGGAGAGACCAAGCGCCAGUGACACAGAGAAGGGGCGGAGGAGAGAGAGAGAGAGAGAGAGAGAGAGAGAGAGAGAGAGAGAGAGAGAGAGAGAGAGGAGAAUCGCGGGAGGGAGGCGGGGUUUUUGCGUGAUUUGAGUUCUCCGGUUUUCCCCACGCUCCCGCCAUGGUGUCCGACCAGGAGAUCGCCAGCUGCGUCGAGUCCGUCCUCCGAGGCUCCGCCGGCGGGCCCGGGGAGGUCUCGCUCACCGCCGUGCUGCAGCAGGCGGAGGCCACGCUCGGCGUCGACCUCUCCCACAAGGCGGGCUUUAUCCGCGACCAGAUGGACCUCUUCUUCGGCCCGCGCCUCCAGCCGCAGCCGCUGACCACGCCACAGCUGGCGCCUCCCCCGCCUCAGGCCGUCGUUGCCCCCGCGGACGCCGUGCCUCAGCCUCAGCCUCAGCAUCAGGUUCUGCCGCAGGCACCGCCUUCGGCUCAGCAGAUGCAGCCGCAGCAGCUCGCGCCGCUUCAGCCGCAGCUCAUGUUCCAGACCAUUCACCAGCUCCCCGCCAUCUCUCCCGUCCCUGUGGUCUCCGCGCCGCCGGCCAUGGCGUUCUACCCGCCGCCGCCGCUCGCCUUCCGCUACACCACCGGCCUCGCUGGGGCCGCCACGGGUGGGACCGUCUCCUUCCAGCAGCCAGCCCCUGGGGCUGGGGGCACUGCUUCCCCCACCGCUGCACCGCAGGUCGCCGGCGACAACAAGGAAAGUUCUUCUAAGCGAAAAAGAGGUGGACCUGGUGGUUUAAAUAAAGUUUGCGCAAUUUCACCUGAACUUCAGACCAUUGUUGGUGAGACUGCCAUGUCAAGAACUCAGAUUGUGAAGCAGCUCUGGGCAUAUAUCAGGCAGAACAAUCUUCAAGAUCCUGAUGACAAAAGGAAGAUUAUUUGCAAUGACGAACUUCGUGUGGUUUUUGAAACUGACAACACCGACAUGUUUAAAAUGAAUAAAUUAUUGGCUAAGCACAUAACCCCACUUGACCCAAAAGGUCAACUUCAUGAAGUAAAAAGAAUGAAGGCUCCCACCAUGUCUCCUCAACCUGGACGUUCCAUUGAUCAACCCUCCAUAGUUAUUUCUGACGCACUAGCAAAGUUCAUUGGAACAGAUGGAACAUUUCCUCACGAUUUUGCCCUGAAAUAUCUGUGGGAUUACAUAAAAGCAAACCAACUUGAGGAUGUCAUCAACGAAUCAAUAUUAUGCGAUUCAAAACUUCAAGAGCUCUUUGGCUGUGAGAGCAUUCCUAUGUCAGGACUAUCAGAAAUGCUUGGUCACCACUUCAUCAAGAAAACAUAGCAAAUCCUCAUUAACUGAUCUAGGAUUGCAGUGUGGCAGAUAGGCCUAACAUUACAACAUGGUGUUCUUUACAGAAUGGACAGCAUAGUUUAUGUAUUUCUUCAAUUUUGUUGAUUAUGAAUUGUGUCCGGCACAUAUCAGAUUAUUUGCGGUAAGCCUGUACAUUGUUAUGCGUGCUGGCUACUGCUGUGUUGUCUGGUGUAAGUGUGUAACCUUCUCUACUGAAUUCGUAGUGCUAAUUCCUAAAUGUCAUUGCUGACUAUGUAAAGUUAAGCUUUCUAUUCGAGUGUCAGAUUGUUACUCUUAAGUCUUAAAAGUCAUAAGUUUUUCUUUGACUAAUAUUUUAAUGUUGAGGAAAUCCGACUAAAGUAGUUCACUUCCGACCAGUCUAAGUGGAGUACAAAUGUACAAUGGCUGUGGUGGACUGCUGGUGGUCUCUUCUUCCAGAAGAAAUUUCCAUUGUAUUUGUCGUUGUCCUCUUCGCUUUUAUGGAAGGUGGUGGUGCGCCUAUGGGACUUGAUUAACUUUAUUACCUGAGGGGUAGCUGAAAUGCCAAAGUAAAAAAGAAUGUCGGUUGGUUAGAUGGUCUAACUAGCACUUUCUUAGAUCUGGGUUCGAUUUUCUGUGUGAGCGAAUUCUAGGCUGAGAUUACUGUGUUGCACAUGUUCUACAAUGUUGAUGAGUAUGGGUGGAAUAUAGAUUCAGUUUUUUUAA